GUAGCUGGUCGCCUACGACUUAUUUACAUAUGGCGGCCAAGUGUGAACUUUCUCUUUCGGCAAAAAUAUUGAAUUAAUGAAAUGAGGUUUAUGUUUAAAAUGGGAAGCUAAAAAACAUCAUGUCAGUUUUACAGGUUUAUUUGAAUUGGGCUAACUCAGUUUUAGCUGAUAUAGAUAAAGAAGUAGAAGGGAUCUCCAGUAUACAGGAAGGACAAGUGCUUUGUCAGCUAAUAGACCUACUAUGCCCAGAAGCAUGUCUUCUCCAGAAACUACAGGCUUUAGGGACAUCCCAAUUACCAGAAAUGUACAUACAGACAGCCUUAGAUCACAUGAGGAAAUAUGGCAUCAAACUGAACUUCUCCAGCCAGGAUAUAGCAGAUGGUGAUAUUAAAUCCAUGUUAGAUGUCUUAUGGCUUAUUAUACUUAAUUACGGGAUACAUAAUAUAAGUGCAUAUUGUGAUGAUUUUAACACAAGGAGAAAUGCACAUCAAAGAUCAGUAGGAAUUGGCAAGAAACUAUUAUUGGAAUGGUGUCAACGACAGCUAGAUACAGAUUUUGAUUCUAGAAAUACACUCACAUAUAACCUAUGUACUGGUGACUGGUUUAUUAAAUUACUGAAGAAAUAUUCCAGUGUUUCUGCCAUUGCUACAGAGGAUAAAGCUGAGCAGUUGAAGAUUCUUUUAGAUUCAAUAGAAAAACAGUAUUCAAUUAAAAGCAGUAUUAUAAAUGCCUCAGACAUUGUAGAUGGUACAGUAGAUGAACAUACUCUGAUGAUCUUUGUUUCCCUCUUACAGAGAAAGGUUGAUGGCAGUAGUCUUUUAGAUGAAGGAUCCUCAAAGUCUGACAGCAGAAAAAAUCCCUCAGAAGAAACAUCAGAUUGGUUUUCUACAUCUAACGGUUCAGGCUCAGAUCCUCAGUUUUCUAAAUUACCUGUAGAAUCAGAAAGAAUAUUAACAAAAACUAUCAGCGAUACAAUUUCUGAUCGAUUUCACGAGGAAGACAAAUUAAGUGCCUUAUCAGGAUCUACAUAUGAUUCAAGGGACAGAACUCUAGAUAGAGAAAGUUCGCCACAUAGUCGUCAUAUUAAUGGAAACUAUGAGCCAAAAAGAGAAAGUAAAUUAACAAGUGAUACUGUCAGAUCAACAUCUCCAUUACGCAGACCGAGAGAUCAUAAAGCAAUAAUGGCAGAGGCCAAGGAAAAAUUAGAGGAGCAAAGACGAAGAAGAGAAGAUGAAGAUCAAAAAGUUAGGGAAAAAGAACAGAAACUUCAUAAAGAAACUGAAGCAAAAAAGAUCGAUACUAGUAUGAAACUUGAUUCAGCAAGGUCAUCAAAUGAUGACAUAGAGGAAAUGAUACGUGAAAACUUGCCACAAUAUACAACUUGUCCGCCACAGUAUUUACCUGGACUAGGGAGAGGUGUUCCCAUUUUCGUGAUGCCAGGUCAGAAUCCAGAAACAAUGUUUUUAUUACAAGCCUUGCGUCAGGCUCGUCAUGAAGCAAACUUUCAUGAUCAAGACUCAAGUUCAAAAAGUUCUUCAGAGGAAACUCUUCCGAAAGCUAGACUUUUAGAUUUAGAAACUGUUGAUGACAUCCCUCCGUCAGAAUAUCUUCAGUUUGAAUCUGACAAGAAAGCAGAAAUUUCAACACCUCGUGGUGUUUCACCAAGGAGAUCCAAUUAUGUUCCCUCCCCUGAAUUUUUACCCACAAAAAAGUCAAUUAUUGAUGUGCUUGGAAGUCCACCAGAACCACAAACUAAUGUUGCAGAAUUUCCUUUUGCAGAAAGAGACGAUAAGAGACAUUUCCCACGAGUGGAAAUAAAAGAAGAUGUUAAGGUGAGAAGAGAAAUGGGAAGAGAUAAGAGUGACGAAAGAAUGUCACCAAGAAGAGACAAUUCAACUCGACCACUUUCCCCUGGAUAUGAUUACGUUGAUGAAACCAUUUCUAUUAAUGAUAAAGAUACUGUGCCAAAAACAAUUCUUAAAAAGUCAUCAAAUUAUGGAUCUUCCAGUAGGGAUUCAAGCUAUGAAAGAACAAGAGAAAGGUCACAAAGCCCAAGGUCAAGAGAACAUGAAAGCAUGUCUGACCAUGGAUUACAUACAAGGUCACCACGGGAGCAGAUGGAAAGAGAUCGUUCUUUGAGUAGUGAUAGGGUACCUUCUGGUAGAUCAUUAUCACCAAGAUCUAAUAGAUCUCCAAGACAUAGAUCACCAGAUCUAGAUAGGCUAACUGAAAAUUAUGAUAGAAUUCAGUCUGUUAGUGAACAAAAUGGAGAUACAGCUCCUGGAAGUAAUACAGAUUCAGUUGAUCCUAACAGGAGACUUGUGAAAGUAUUUCAUCAGGAACUUGAACUUCUGCGUAUGAAAAUGGAGAUGCUUGAAAAAUCACAUUUACCAGAUGAUGGUGAUUUAGAGGAUUUGAAUUCAUUAACGCAGAGAUUAAGUGAAAAGAUAAAAGAAAGAUUAAGUAGCAGAUCGCCUCGCUCACCAAGGUCACCUAGACACAGGUCAACCUCACCAGAUUACACAAGAGGUAGACUUUUUCGAAAGAAAGAAGAUGUAGAAUCUCGUUCUUUAUCUGAAAACCGAGUCUCACCUUCUUCAGAUUGGAGGACUUUACCUAGUGAAAAGUCUAAUAGUUUACACAAUUUGCCAGUAAGCAUAGAUAAGUCACUUAAGGUAGAUGAUGAUGGAAAAUUACUUUAUUCACCACGAUCACAAGGCAAGCCAAUAACUUUAGGAUAUAGUAGUCCUAUUAGGAAAGUUUCCGAUGAAAUUUGGGGAAUGAGGGAGGAAGAGUUUGCAGGUGUUACAAUGGUUCAAAAAGAAAAAUGGAAGAAACUUACUUCUUCACGUGAUAUAUCAGAUAGCGAUAUCGUAGAAUUGAAACAUGCUCUUGGAACAGUAAUUGCUGAAAAUGACAUUUUACAAGCUAAACUUCGAAAUUCAAAUACUGACAUUCAAGAAAAAAUGAAAAAAACAGGAGAAGUUUUAAAUGACUGUAGAGCUCACUUAUCAAAAGCUCAAGCUGAAAAUAUGGAAUUACGCACACAGUUAGAAAAAGAGAGAAAUAGAAAUGAAUCUUUAGAGGCUAGAAUGAGAGAAUUUGAAAAACAAGUGAAAGAUCUAAAGGGUAUUAAUAGUGAACUGGAAUCUGAAUUAGAAGAGACAAGAAAGUUACUCAAGGGAUCUAGCAAAAAGGAUAUUCCAACAAUGCAGUCACUGGCUGAGGAACGAGAUGGACUGGUUGAGGUGUUAGGUACAACUCAGACUGAAAAUGAAAGACUCAGAGAGGAACUGGAGAGAGCACAGAAAUAUGCAUUUAAAGCACAAACUACAAUUGUUGAUCUUAAAACUAUUGUUGAUGAUGCACGAAAAGAGAGACAACAAUUAUUUGAGGAAAUAUCUAGGUUACAAAGUGAAGGACACCUUCAGACUAUCACUGGAAUUAUAAAAAAAUAUAUGGAAAAAGGAAUAUACUUAGAUAUUGAACCAAUGAACGGUUUCAAAGUUCCUAGCAGAUCAGCUUCUCCAACACCAAAUGAGAGACGCUGUUCUCCAGUACCCAAACAGAGACUGAGUAGAUCAGUAGACAGUGUGAUAGCACCAAGGUCAAGGUCAAGGUCAAAGUCCCCAAGAGCAGAAACUCCAACAAAACUUGAGCCAGAAAAUACUGGCAGCAAGUCAAGGUCUGUGUCUGCUCAGCAUACAUAUUCAGGACUUAGUCGUUCAUAUCAGGAACCAACUCCUAGUCAGCGUUCUUAUCAGGAUCCUGCUCAUCGAUCUUAUCAACAACCCAAUCAGCGUUCCUAUUCACCAGCACGUCAUUCAUACAAGGAACCAGUCAUGGCUAGCAGUCCACUCAAAAAUCCAUAUGGAAGAGUAAAUGGACUAUCAAUUCCUGUUACACCAGUAGUAAAUGAUAUUAUUUCUGAUGAUGAUGACGAUGAUGAUUUUGAGGAUGAAGGCAUUGAAGGAUUCCAUUACAAUUACGAAGAUAUUUCGCCAUCAGUUAAAUCAAAUUUACAUGAAAUUUAUCCACAUAGAAGAACAAGGUCAUAUAGAAAUAACUUUUCUAGUUCUUUUGAUGAAGGUCGUGUUUCCCCAACCAUAGACGAUAUAGAAGUGAACAGAAUAUUAUCACGUCAUCCUGUUAGGUUAGACUUUAACGAUACAGCUGAUAGUUUUAGAAGUAGGUCACCAAGAAGGGAAGAUAACUUUAAUGUAAGCUUCGAGCGAAGCAAAAGUCCGGGCCGUUUAGAUAUAGCUGAUUUAUAUGAAAUGAAACAGCCAGUAAGACAACAAAAUUACAACAUCUAUGGAAAUACAAAUAGGAGACCUGUGACAAGAAGUGAAUCUCCAAGUAAUAGGUAUUCAGAUCAGAAAAAUUACAAUGGUAAAUCAGGAGAGAUAAACAAUAGAUUAUUCAUAGCCGCUUUAGAUAAUGCCGUCCAUGAUGAGGGUUCCAAAAAAUAUUAUGAUGAUCAUGACAUUCCUGAAAAAGACUCAUGGCGAGACAGGACAGAUCGCUUAUCAUCAAGCUAUGGACCUGAAUUAUCACGUGCAGCUAGACCUGGUGCAAGAAGUAACGGGGUCAAAGGAAUUCUUAAGAAUACAAAGGGUGAACAAAACUAUAUGAUUAAACAUGGAACUUCAUCACCUCUACAUAGAUCUGUUUUAGAAAGGUCAGUCUCCCCGGCUGCAAAAACGCCACCGCAUAAUAGAGACAUUAAUAAAAAUCAUAGCAAGCUAGCAAAUAGUAGUUUAGCAAAUAACAAAACUUUUGGUAAUUCGGGUAAACCAUCAUUAGCAUCAGCUAGUUCAGGCAAGCCCUUGUUUUCAGGAGCUAGUAAGAAAUCGGGCAUUGUACGGAAUCCUAAGGAUUUAUUUGCUGAUGUUAGUCUUUCUCCUGUACGCACUUCUUCACCAUCUAAAUAUCAGCACACACCACUUGAUUCUCCGACACCUCAGUUAACUGAGGAAGAAAAGAGAUAUGCAGAUCUACUUGUAGACAAAUAUACUAAGCAGCUUGGAUUCAAUACCAUAUACAGCUGAAAUUAUAGAUGUCCAAGUUACAGAAUAAAUUGUACUAGUGCUGCUACUUUCCAUUAAAGGAUGUAUUUAUAUCUCAUUUCUGUAUUUUAUGAAUUUUGCUAGAUAUUUUUUGUACAAAAAUUAUUUAUUAGCUCAAAUAAUUUUCUCAUUUUUGUGAAAAAAAACUAGUAAUUGUUACCUCCCCUACAUUGUUAAAAAAAAAAUCGUAAAAUUAAGGGGAGACCAGCAGUUUUUGCUUAUCUGCUGGUAGAUCAGUUUAAAUGCUUGUCAUAAUUUUUGUAAAAUCUUUUUCACAGAUAUUUCAAAUAUGAUUUUAUUUAUUGCACUAUUUCUGCUUUAUAUUUUUUUUUCAAUUUAUACAUGAAAAAGCCUUUGCUGCAGCUAGUUUAAUUCCAUGGUGCCUUUGUAUUCAAUCUAGAAAAAAGUAUUUACAGAUUUCUUUCAUUAGGUUUGUAACACUUAAAUGGUUUUAUAAACUUUGUAAAAUGUUCAUCAGUUUUACCACCAAAAGGUGCUUUAUGUAGAAAAAAGUCAGUAUUUGAAUCAUGAAAAUAAAACAGUUUAUUUUUCAUUACCUGAAUAUGUAAAGAAAAUUUAACUGUUUUUGUAUUCAUAGGUGUUUAAUUAAGUUGUUUUAAAUGUGAAAUGCUGUGAUAGUAUGGCUGAGAUAUUUAUUUUUAAGAAGUGUUUUUUUUUAUUAUUAUUAUUAUUAUCUGUCCUAUCCCAUAUUUAUGGGUGGGGUAAUAGAUUUACCCUUGAGUGCCUGUAUGAACACUGUCCUGGGUUUGUUUAGUUUUGCAUUAAACAUUAAAGUCCAUUUCUUGAUAUAUAAUGAUAUUUCACAACUACAGUUCUAUGUACAGUACCCAUUUGGGUCACAUUAACUUACAUUUCAAAAUUGAACGACUAUGUUUUACUUUUUAAAAGUAUUAAGGUUGGCUUUUUAGAAUCCUAUUGUAAUAUAUCAACAGUAUAUCACUACUACAGUUUUGAAUAGUACCAGACUCUCCAGCAGCAUUUAUGUUAUUGGACCAUCAUUUGCUUUAUUGGACCAACAUUUAUGUCAUUGGACCAAUAUUUAUUUUAUUUGACAAACAUUUAUGUUAUUGGACCAACAUUUCUGUCAUUGGACCAAUAUUUAUGUUUUUGGACCAUUAUUUCUGUCAUUGGGCCAAUAUUUAUGUUAUUGGACCAACAUUUUCUCAUUUUUUAAAUGGGAUGCCUGUGUCUUUCAGACACAUCAUGUAGUUUUGUGUAAAUUGCAUUGUUAUAUUAAUCAUACUAUUUAUAAGAGAUCAUUCCAUCCAAAUUUGUUUUAAUUUCAACAAAUUCUUUGUAGCAUUUAAUCAAUAGAUUUUUUUAAAAUUUCAUCCAUACUCCAAAUCUGCUUUAAUUUUCAAUUGCGAAGUAAUUUUUUGGAGAUUUUUCUUUCCUUUUUAAAUGUUUAUACAUGUGUGUAUUACACACAUUCUUCAGCACUUAUCAUGGUGUUUUUUUUUAUAGUUUUGUCAUGUUAUAUUUGUACUUCUCUUAUAAAAUGUUUUUUUUAUUAUCUUGUCAUUAAUAAUACAAGUUACUAAUAAUAAAUAUGAAAAAAAUCGUAUUUUUCUAUGUUUUUUUUAUUUUACACUUUCUGAAGACAUAAAAUUAUACUUUCCAAAAUAUUUUAUUUGAGAUCAUUUUGAUAUUUUAAAAAGCAUUCAUCAUUAAGAGACUAUAUAGAAUUUAUCCAAUGUUUCAAGUUUAAUCCCAUUUGUAUAAAAAUCAUAAUUUUUCAACUCUUCUCAGGAUUCAUGAGUAUAUGCAUUUAUAACAUGAAAGUGUAACUACAUAAAAAUAUUUUUAUUGACUCAACAAAUUAAAUUUAUCCUGCUAUGGGCCACCUAUUGUACAAAUAACAGGUAUUCAAAUAUAUUAUUGCUUUAUUUGUAUACUGAUGAUUCAUUUAUUUCCAUGGGUACAAAUUUUUUGAAUUUAGGGAAAAUUGUAUAUUCAUGGAUAUUUGAUUUCAUGGUUUCGCCAAAGUCUGCAUACAAGCCUAUAGAUAAUUGGCACUUUGAUGAACAUCUAAAUUCGGGAUUUAACUAUACUCACGAAAUCCAUGAAAAUUGGUAUACCACGAAUAUUAAUAAAUCUACAGUAGAACAAAUAAAGUCUCCUGUCCUGCUUCUAUGUUAAGAGAAAUGGUAAUGUUAAUAACCUCACAGUUAAUAUUUGGGGUCCUCAUAGAGGUCUGUGUUUAAGCCAUAUUGAUUGUAUAAAGUUCAAAGACAAAGUUUGGGAAUUUUAAAACUGAAUGUAAAAGCGUCAAGGGCUAAUUGCACAAUAAAAAAAAAUUAUGUACAUUGUCAGAAGAAAAGCUUGUGAGCGUUGCUUUUUGUCCUUUUUCAAAAGCCUGCACAAAUGAAUUUUAUAUGUGUCCUACUAUGUACAUAUAUUGCAUACGUCUUUUUUUCCCCCUGCUAUCAAGUGUUAGGUGCAAAUUGUUCAUUACUCUGUCAUCUGUCCAUUUUUCUGUGUAUUCUUGAACAAAUACACUGGUCCUUCAUUUAAAAAAAAAGAAAAUUCUUUGAAUUAAUCUGAGAUAACUAACAAGAUUUUCUGUAUUGUGAUGGUUCCGUCCAGGUAGAGGGAUUGUAAUUUAUUAAUAAUGAUAAAAUAUUUAUUUAAAUUUUUACAUUUUUAUCACAUUCCAUAUUUAUAUAUAAGCAUCAUCUGUGAUAUAUUUUAUAAUAAAUUAGUAUUUUAAAAUUUGUAUUAUUUGUCUUAUACAAAAAUCCAUAUAAUUUCAUUAAUUUAUAAUUGUAAGUGUCGCCUGCAACCGUAGUCACAGAAGCGCGACUUUGUCUUGCAGAUUCUGGUGGCUGCAUCAAUUGCUUAAGCAUUUGAGUAGGUGAAACAGUCAAGGCAUAUCUCUGUGUAAACAUUUUCAUUAUAAACAGUUGACCACUCCACAAAAUCAAUAAUUGUUUUGUUUUCAGCCUCUUGGAACAUUUUUUUUUUUACAGAAAAGUAAAUUCCGAAGAGGUGUGUGAUCUUUUUACAUUUUUUAAAAGCUAUUAUUAAGAUAAAUAAAAUAAACAAACAAUCUUCCAUAGUAUUAAAUCAUGCCUAAGUUUUUAAUGUGCAGAUCACAUGGAUAAAAUAUGGGGUUAUAUGGACUUUUGUCAAGAAAUUAGUAAAGCUAUAUGAGCACAGUUAGAUAUUGUAUGAAUGUGUUAAUGGUUUGUUGUCAAACAACUAGUGAAUCAUGCCAAGAAAUAAAAGGAGUAUUUUCAUUUA